AUGGCGAGGGCCACAUUUUCGUCAAAUGAUUUAAAUUAUGAUUCGUCUGCAUUCAGUCCUGCGCUCUCAAUUCCUGAGGAAUACAGAAAAUUUUUUAAAUCCGAUGAUUUAGAUCAAGAUCCUAAUUACAUACCGAUAGAAAAAAGUGGCAACUACUCACGUAGUUUGAUUUGUCCUGGAUCUACAACCGAGGCCGAAAAUAAAAAUAUCUUGGAGGGUCUGCCUAACGAAUAUGACGGUGAAACAUCCAACAGAAACGACAAUAAACUUGAAAGUAGCUCCGGCGGUUCUGCAGAUACUAUGAAACUUAGUAUGCAGUUAGAACCAGUGCAAACUUUUAUUCAUAAAUCUGAUAAUAUGGAGCAAAUCACUAAUCAUCAAUCAGCUUCAUUUACGUCCUCUACGUCGUCUUCAUCUACCUCCUCCUCUUCGUCGUCAUCUAACUCCUCAGAUUCUGAGUCAUCCGACUCUGAAUCAUCUAAUAAUAAGGAUACUGAAUGUACGGAUAAAGCCAUUGAAACUAAUAUGGAUGGAAUAAAUUAUCAAACUAAUGUAAACUAUGAUAUAAAUAUAGAGACAGGACAUGUUCAUAAUUUUGAGAUAGAAGAAAAUAGAAUAAAAAAUCCUGCUGAAGCCGUUGAACAAGAUGAAAAUGAGACUGGAAAUAACGAAGAACAAUUACAAAAUUUUUCAUCUGGCGACGUCAUAGCGGACCCGGAUACAGAAUGUACCCAGGAAGGCAUUGAAACUAAUAUGGAUGCUAGAAAUGAUCAAAGUAAUGUAAACUAUGAUAUAAAUACAGGGUCAGGACUUAUAAAUAAUUUUGAGACAGAAGAAAAUAGAAUAAAAAAUCCUGCUGAAACCAUUGAACAAGAUAAGAAUGAGAUUCGAAAUAUCGAAGAAAAAUUAGAAGAGUUUUCAUCUAGCGACAGCGUAGCGGACCCGGAUUACACUCAAGAUCAGAAUGAUUUAUCAGAUUCAGACGACAACAUGCCCCAACCAACUAAGAAAGAUAAGAAAUUACCUAUGAAACGAAAGUCACAACCUGAUGAGUGGAUUAGAAAUAAGGCGAAGCGAUUAAGAAAUAGUGGAAAAGAAUACGUUACUAAGUCCAAAGAAAAAAAAAUAAAACCAAUGAGAAAAGUGGGAAAACCGUGUACAGAUAAAUGUAAAUUACAAUGUAGUACUAAAUUCACAGAGGAGCAAAGGCAGAUAAUUUUUGAAGGGUAUUAUGACUUACCAGACAUUGAACGAAAAAGAGAUUUUAUAUCUUUUAAUAUGACACAUAUUGAACCGAAAUAUCAAUAUAAGAAAGGAACACGUCAACCAAAUAUGGCAUUUUUUCUUACAAAUGGUGAUAAUAUGACACGAACCCGUGUAUGUAAAACAUUCUUCUUAUCCACGUUAGAUAUAUCUGAUAGGGUUGUACGAACAGUUAAGACUAAAGCACAUAAAGACAUUCUAGUGAUGGAUUCUUAUCUGAAAGAAAUUCAAAAAUUACAAAAGCUCUAUGAUGAAGUAGAUAAAGAAAAUAUUCAUCUGGAAAGCAAGCCAGAAUCAGACAGGUGUGAAGAAAGUGACCACAUCACAGACAAAGAAGAAGAAUGUAAGAAAGAAUUGGAAACAAAAUUGGAGGAAGGAUUGGGGGAGAAACCAGCAACUUCAAAAUAUUUUAAAACAAGUAUGAAAAACCGGCGGCUCUUUUAUUAUGGAAAAGAUAAUCCUAAUUAA